AUGACCGUCGGCGGCGAGGCCACGGCCACGGCCAUGGGGCACGGGCAGACGGUGUGCGUGACCGGCGCCGGCGGCUACAUCGGGUCGUGGAUCGUCAAGCUCCUGCUCGAGAAGGGGUACGCCGUGCGAGGCACCGUCAGGAACCCCGAUGACGCGAAGAACGCGCACCUGAGGGGCCUCGCCGGCGCGGCGGAGCGGCUGGUGCUGUGCAAGGCGGACCUGCUCGACGCCGACGCGCUGCGCGCCGCCAUCGCCGGCUGCCACGGCGUCUUCCACACCGCCUCGCCAGUUACCGACGAUCCGGAGGAGAUGGUGGAGCCGGCGGUGAGGGGCACGCGCUACGUCAUCGACGCCGCGGCGGAGUCCGGCACGGUCGGCCGCGUCGUGCUGACGUCCUCCAUCGGCGCCGUCGCCAUGGACCCCAGCCGCGCCCCGGACGCCGUCGUCGACGAGUCCUGCUGGAGCGACCUCGAGUUCUGCAAGAAGACCAAGAACUGGUACUGCUACGGGAAGACGGUGGCGGAGCGGGAGGCGUGGGAGGCGGCGGCGGCGCGCGGGGUGGACCUGGUGGUGGUGAACCCGGUGCUGGUGCAGGGCCCGGCGCUGCAGCCGGCGGUGAACGCCAGCCUGACGCACGUGCUCAAGUACCUGGACGGCUCCGCCAAGACGUACGCCAACGCCGUGCAGGCGUACGUGCACGUCCGUGACACUGCCGCCGCGCACGUCCUCGUCUUCGAGUCCCCCGCCGCCGCCGGGCGCUACCUCUGCGUGGCCGACGGCGCUGUGCUCCACCGGGAGGACGUCGUCACCAUCCUCCGCAAGUUCUUCCCCGAGUACCCCAUCCCCAGCAGGUGCUCUGACGAGGUGAACCCGAGGAAGCAGCCGUACAAGAUGUCGAACCAGCGGCUCCGUGAGCUGGGCCUCGAGUUCACGCCGGUGGCGCAGUGCCUCUACGACACCGUCGUCAGCUUCCAGGAGAAGGGCGUCCUCCCGGCCCCUCCUGCCCCGGCACAACCGGCGAUGAAAGAGAUCAACUGA